AUUUUAAUAACAAUGAGUAAAUAUGAGGAACUAUUAUUUAAAUUCUUGUUAUAAAAUAAUUACAACUUAGAAAAUAAUAAUCCAUAAUAUUAUUAUCAAAAGUGAGUAACUCUAUAUUCAUCCAUUAUUAUCUCGAGUUAGCAAACAAUAGUGAAUAAAAAUAUUUUAUAUGUGCUAAAAAGUUAAAUCUGACAAUCUUAAAAAUGCAUUAUUGUGUUAUCUUGAAUAUUUAUCUUACGUACUAUCUUACGAAUCAAUAUCUAACUUCACAAGGAGAAAGAUAUAAUACGUGCAUUAUAUUUAUGAAAAAUGUUUAAAAUAUAGUAUUUUAUAUUACAUCUUUUAUAAUUUAUAUAUAAUUUGAUAUAUAAUAUUAUAUAUAAUUUUAUAAAUGAUGAAUGUGUACUAUAGUGAUAAUUCAUUAUACUUUGUUAAAAACAUGUAUUAUAUUCUUUCAAUUUCAAUGAAUGAAUUUAUUUAUACAUAUGAUUUCUCUAAACGCGUUUAAAUUCUUAUUUUCGGCAUUAUGUACAGAUGGCAGUAUUGUCAUGUUAUUUCGAGCUCACAUAACCAUGCGUUCAGAUGCAUUUAAUCUAGUAGCGAGAACACUGACGAAAGAUUUUCCUUUUUAUAUAGUCUUCUCUCUUUCAAACUGUUUCGCUGUUUAGAUAUGAGUACGAUAAUAAUUGAUAAAAAAAAAAGGUUAGUUUCCGAACUUAACAUGAUUUGUAACUUGCCUGUACAUAUUUUUUAAUAUAAAUCAAUUGAUUAUUUUAGAAUAAUGCAAUAUUCAUACAAAUUUUCCAGUUUUUUUUAUAUUUUUCAUUAUAUCGACAGCCGUUAAAGAAGGUGAAGCCAUUACUUUGAUGUCAUAACUUUCCACCUUACUUCUUCACAUGCAAAUCAAAGUGGUUCUUACACUUUAACAAUUUUAUUACAAUAUGAUGAAAUGUGUGAAACCAAGAUUAAUAACUUUCGAUGUAACUGGAACAUUAUUGAUGACGAAGUUAGAAGAACAUUAUAUUGAGGUCGGACAUAAAUACGGUUUAUCGAUCGAACCUCGUCAAUUGGCGCAAAGUUUUAAAAACAAUUUCCGACGUCUUGCUAUUGAACAUCCCAUAUAUGGAAAAUAUACCGGCCUUGGAUGGGAAAAUUGGUGGAGAACGAUUGUUUACAAUGUAUUUAAAGAUCAAAACAAGAACGUUUCUACUGAAACUCUUGAUAAGGUUGCUAAUACCCUGAUAGAAUGUUACAGCACAAGUAAAUGCUGGCAUGUGUAUCCAGGAGCAAUCGAAUUGCUCGAAUGUCUUCGUAAAUAUAGAAUUGUUUUAGGAGUGAUAUCCAAUUUUGAUGAAAGAUUGGAACCAAUUUUAAUUGAUCUCAAGAUUAGACCGUUUUUCUCCUUUGUAUUAACGUCGUACGAUUUUGGCAAGGAGAAGCCGGACGUAUCGAUAUUCGUUGAAGCUCUACGAUUAGCGAAUAAAGAUCAAAAAGUAGACAUCGUACCUCAACAGGCUAUACAUAUAGGCGAUACGAUAGAUAACGAUUAUUUUGGUGCCAAAAAUGCACAAUGGAACUCACUUUUGAUCAGUCACGAACAAAAACGUAUAGACGAAAGGAAAGUUUGUAAAGAAGACAUUUUUAUAAAUCUUCAAGAUUUACGGAGACAUUUCGAAAUGUUUUUAAAUAAAAUAAAAAAUCGAAGAAACGUUUGAAUAUGAUAUUAUGAGUAAUAUGAAGAUAAAUAUAUGAAAUAAUGAAGUAGUAGAAUAUUAACAAUAAUUAGAAAAUUAUUAAAUAUUCUGUAAUGAUUUCAUAGUAUAAUUCUGUCAGCUAUAGAAGCUUACUUAUUUUUAAUUUUAUGAUAUUGUUAAAUAUAAAUAUAUUUUAUUGGACAUAUGUUAGUUAUAUAAUAAAAAAAAAAUUGUAUAAAAUAUUUUAAA